UCCUCCUCCUCUCAUCACUGUCAUACCAUAUGCUAUAUAUACUCCUCCACACCCACCCUCGUCUCUAUCCAUUUUCCUUUUUCUAUCGUUGUUGGUGCGUUUGGUUAAAAGGAAAGAGCAGGAGAUUUUUCUAGGCAGAAAGAAGAAGAAAAUGUUGGCGAUAUUUAACAAGGGAUUGGUGGAACCGCCGCAGGAGCUGAAUAGCCCAGCUUCAGUGAAGGUAUCUGUGAAGCCCAAGGUUCCAGAAGAGACUCUCAAGGAUUUUCAGUCAUGCCAUUCCACUAAUGCUUUCUUAAUUAGUCUUGGAGAUGCAGCAUUGCUUUCUUAUAUUCCUCCAUGCCCACCCUACUCCACCCAACACAGGUUUUUCUGUGGUUUGGAUGACAUAUACUGCAUAUUCUUGGGGACAUUGAACAACCUAUGCAGCCUCAUCAGGCAAUAUGGACUGUCUAAGGGCACUAAUGAGGCAAUGUUUGUGAUUGAAGCAUACCGAACCCUCCGCGACAGGGGUCCCUAUCCAGCUGAUCAGGUCCUUAAAGACAUGGAUGGCAGCUUUGGAUUUGUGCUCUUUGAUAGCAAGGCUGGAACUGUUUUUGCUGCAUUGGGUGCGGAUGAGGGGGUGAAGAUGUAUUGGGGUAUUGGAGGUGAUGGGUGGCUGGUGAUUUCUGACAAUUUGGAGGUCAUAAAAGCAAGCUGUGCUAAAUCAUUUGCCCCCUUCCCAACAGGGUGUAUGUUCCACAGUGAGGGAGGGUUGAGGAGCUUUGAACAUCCGAUGAACAAGAUGAAGGCAAUGCCCAGGAUUGACAGUGAAGGGGUAAUGUGUGGUGCCAACUUCAAAGUUGAUGACUAUUCCAGGAUUCACAGCAUGCCCCGUGUGGGAAGUGAAGCCAACUGGGCAGUAUGGGGGGGCCCUCAUGUCUGACUCUUUUGAACAUUCCAACAUAACUACAUGACCUUUAUACCUCUUUUCUUGCAACUGGUUUUGUGUUCAUUUUCUUUCUGUUAUUCCACUUUUUCUCAAUGUGUAUUCUCCUCCUUUAGCUACUAAAAUUGACGUUGAGCUGCUGGAUUCCAUGAAGAAAAUGUUCUAAAGGCGUA